GAGCAGUGCAGGAGUACCCUCCUUCUGCAGCAGUUAUGUUCCACCGAGCCUGGCAGCUCUGUGGGAAGUGGUGCCGUUGGUCCAGCCCUUUCAUCCAUCUCCUCACUCUGACUGUGGUGACUUUUGGUGUGCUGGCACCUUUGAUCUGCCACCGGCUCCUGCACUCUUACUUCUACCUGCGGCGCUGGCACCUGAACUCCAUGAGUCGGGAGUUCCUGGAGCAGAACCAGCAGGAGGGCCAGGAUGCUCUCCGUUACUUUGAGAAGAUGCAGAUGCCAAACACUUCCGAGGCCUACAGCAGUGACACCUUCCAGCCCUUGCUGCUGAUCACCAUUAUCACUGUGCAGAGGCAGAAUGAUUUCCACUACGUCCUGCAAGUGGCCUCCCACUUCCACCGCCUCCUCCAGAAAUGUGGGGCGCGUUGCCAGAGCCAUCGCAUGCUGCUCUGUAACGUGGAAUCGGACCCCAGCAGCCAUCAGGAUGUCAGGCUGCUGAGCAGCCUCUUUCCUACAGUCAGUCGUGACAGAACUGGAGAGAAUCUUGACCCCAGCCUGAACCAGUUCGAGAAGGAGAAGCAGGACUACAUCUUCUGCCUGGAGCAGUCACUGUUGAUGUACAGCCCAGAGUACAUCCUCCUGGUGGAAGAUGAUGCCGUGCCAGAGGAGGAGAUAUUUUCUGUCUUGCAUCACCUCUUCUCGGCCCGGUUCUCCAAGCCCUACCUCAGAGACGCUCUCUACUUCAAGCUGUACCAUCCUGAGAGGCUCCAGCACUACAUCAACCCCGAGCCCAUGAGGAUCCUGGAGUGGCUGGGCCUGGGCAUGUUCCUGGGGCCGGUGCUGAGCUGCGCGUACUGCCGGGCCGCGGGGCGGGCGGGCCCCGGCUGGAGCCUGGUGGCAUUCUUCGCCCUGUACAGCAUGGCGCUGUCGGAACUGGUGGGGCGGCACUACGGGCUGGAGCUGCGCCGCCUGCACCCCGCGCUCUACAACGUCGCGCCAGCCAGCGAGUGCUGCACGCCCGCCAUGCUCUUCCCCGCUGCCUCCGCCCGCCGGGCCUCAGCAUACCUGCGGGGGCUGCGCUGCCGCCGGGGCUUCGCCAAGGACACUGCCCUCUACUCGCUGCUGCGGGGCAAGGGCGAGAACGCCUUCGUGGUGGAGCCCAACCUGGUGCGGCACGUGGGGAUGUACUCCAGCCUCCGACUGAACAGCGACCCGAAACUGCUGUGA